AGACAGACAACUUCGGUUGCAGCUGGGUUCUGAUCAGCAUCAAACUGGUGUUCAUCAAAAAACACAGAAUGUGGUGACAUUCUGUUAUAGCCAUAGAAGAAACAAUGAAUUAUACCAGCAGUUCAGGCCAGCAAUUGGGACCACCUGUCUUCAUCCUCACAGGGGCCCUCUCCGUCACGGUCCUGGUGUUCACAGUGCUGGGGAUCGUGUGUCUCAGAAAAUAUCGUUCUUUCGUCCGGACCAUUCGAGAGCUGCGGGCUAGCAGGUUGUUGAUGACUGCAGUUCCUCGGCUGGAAACUCUGAUCGCGCCAGCAGUGGUGGAAGAAGAAGAUCAGCUUACCCAGAUCCCCCAGAUCCCCCAGAUCCCCCAGCAGCAGAGCAGGACAGUCAGGCUCUCCUCUCGGAGGCUAUGGAGAAGCUUUCAGCAGGGUCCUCGUGUUACCAAGUCAGACCUGAACCUGUUGCAGCUGAUCAAAGCAGGAAAGGAGGGUGUCUUCUACCAAGCCAGGAUGACCAGGGGGACAUGUAAAGGCCACAGCAUGUUCACCUGCAAGAUCAGCAAGGAAGGUGUCCGUCCUAAGCAUGUCGACACGGAGGUUUCCAUCAUGAGAAAACUGGUGCACCACAAGAACAUCCUCCAGUUACUGGACUGGAACACCACUGAGGAACCUUACAUUCUGAUCAUGGAGUAUGUGACAUAUGGCACUCUGAGGACCUUCCUGCAGACCAACAGAGCUCAUUUAAGUGAAGACCCUGAGCUGCAGAGCCUCCUCACCAUCGCCUCCUACCACAUCGCUCUGGCCCUGCAGCACCUGCGCUCCAAAAUGAUUGUGCACUGUGACCUAGCUCUGAGGAACAUCAUGGUCAAUAAGUUUCCCUGGGAGGUAAAGGUGGCGGAGUUCGGACUGGCCCGAGAUUUAACGCGCAUGACAAGCCGCCGCAGCAGCAGCAGCCGCUGGAGGAACCCAAGGCAGCGUGUGCCGCUGCGGUGGUACCCACCUGAGUACUUCAAGAACAACUAUUACAGCUUCAAAGGAGACGUGUGGGCCUUCGGCAUCGUGCUGUGGGAGAUGCAGACAUUUGGUACACUGCCAUACCCAAACCUCGAGACAUCAGAAGCGGUCAUGUAUCACAUCUGUAUUGGUCAUAAGAACACAAACCCUGAAGGCUGCAGACCAGAGAUACUUCAUAUCAUGAAAGACUGUUGGCUGGAGCCCUACACUCUGAGACCCUCGUUCACAGACAUCGUCCGCAUGCUGGAGAACAUCAUGGAAAGCGAUGCGGAUUAUGUGGAUGUUGAAAGUCCACUUUUGCUGAAAGAGGAGGCUGAAUAUCAUGAAGCUCGAUGUCUACGGGCAGCCAGCAUCAUCUUGGAAGAUGCAAAUACCGUCUAAGUAUCAGAAAGAUGUUUUCUGAACAAUUUAAUGUAUUUAAAACAAAUCUAAAUGGGUUUGUUUGCUUUGUUAAGGCUGCAUUGAUCUACUAAGCCUUUCAAGCGCUUUCUAAAAUAUAGCAACUGUAAAAUGAUCACACAUCAACAAAUCAACAGAGAGCAUGUUCAAAAUGAUGUACUUAUAUAUUCUUGUUAAGAACUGUAAACUAUGUUUUAUGUUGUAUUUUUCCAUUAUAAAUGUGUUUAUAUUUAUUUUUGUAUCCAUCCUGUUGAUAACUCAUCUAUAAUGUUGAUUUUCUGUGAUGUUAAAUGCUCUUUUUUGCCGUGAGCUCUGUUCAUGUUUACUUUCAGAAAUACACUUUCUUAUUUAUUAAUAAUACAUUUGUAUUGCUUACUUUUGUAUUUAAAUUCCAGCUUUUAGAUUUACGAUUGAUUUUUAAUCACACCGUUAAUCAUUAAUUAUUAUUUUCCUCAAACUUUAAUGAAUCAAUUGCAUAUAAGUUGCACAUUAUUGCUGUUAUUUUAUUAGGCAUAGUAGUAUUCUAUUAUAUAAACAUAUGACGACGAAGGUACGUUUUAACCGUUUGUUUUUUCGUUCUAAUUGAAAAAAAAAAAAAAGCAGAAACGGGUCGUUUUUUUGUUUUUCAAUGUUGCCCCAAAACGAAAAAACGGAAAUUCAGCUCGUUUUUUCGUUUUUCUGUUCUUACUGUUAAAACAAGUAUACCACUCAAUGUUUCGUUUCCAUAAGUGGGUGUGUCUCCAGCGCCUCCUUGCUUCUGAUUGGCUAGUGUGCCCUAUGCUUGCGCUGUACUCUUCAAAAUAAAGGUUAUACGUCUUUGCCUUUAGACUGCGUUACAAAA